ACUCACUAGUCAGUUGAGGUACUGAAAAUAGAUAACAUGAGAGUGACUAAAGAAACGUUAAUCUGUUCCAAAAAAUUCCCUCACGCAUCUUGUGUACAGGCUAAUAAAUUGCAGAUGAUCUGAAGAAUUUGUAAAUUUAGUUGACGCUCUCAGAUGCUGUUGUAGGAUGGCAUUAGCUACUGAUUAUUCUCCACAAUUAAUAAAAUGCAAGAGAUGCCAUAUAGAUACCCCUAUCUCCCGAAAAUUGAUUGAAGAAACUCAAGUUUCAUAUUCUGGCGAAGAGGUUAGCUGUGUGAGGACACUGAAAUGUUCAUCGUGCAGUUUCACUGCUGGUCUCUUUAUAAAUGGAGAAUGGAUGACUUUAGAUGAUAUACUUUCAGAUAAGGCGAAAGAAGAUGGUUGUUUCCAGGCAAAGUCAUCCAAAGAGAGAGCUGUCCACUUUAUAAUGAGUCAGAUUUUCUAUCAGGAGCUGGAAAGUCCAGAUGCAUUGGAGAUGGAGGCUGUAUUUGAUCUUCCUGACUUUACAGAUGAUAUAACCAUUCUCUGGCAGAAUGGUACAGCAGUUGGAUUUUACAGUACAAAACAGAAAGGUGUAACAGAUGAACGAACAGCUGAGCAGUAUCCAAUGGUCACUCUUGACUCUAUAUAUGUCUCCCCAUUUCAUCGACGAUGUGGAGCUGCUACAAAGUUGCUUGAGCAUCUUGCUGCAACUCAUUGUGAUCAAGAUAUUGCUGUUAGUACGCCUAUCUCAUCCACAAUGAGAAAAGUGCUGAAGAAAUUUCUUGCAGAGAGACCAACAUACCGGCGAAAAUUUUGGGAAGUAGAAGGGACAGGACAAGAAGGAGACAGAAAAUUGAUAUGGUAUUCUCUUCUGAGGAAAGAAAGACUGUUACAGAAGACUGAAAGAAGUAAUUCACAAGUUCCUAUUUAGUCCUUUGAAGAACAAAAACCUAUGAAUGAAAAUUUUAGUAAUGUUUGUUGUGCCACUUCAUCAGAACCAUGGAGGAGAGUGGAGAGACAGAGAGAGAGAGAGAGAGAGAGAGAGAGAGAAUAAACCAAGUUUCUCCCAAACAUUUCUUCUGUUAACGUAUAACUUUUUAUGUUCAUUUAUAUGGCAUCUCUUCUUCAUAAUGAAAUCUACAGCACACAGUGUCUGAAUAAAGGCAUAUAGUGGGAUAUUCAGUCUUCACUUCUGACCCAGCAUGCAGUUUAAAAUUAAAUGUG